GUUACUGAAGUGCCCUGUUGUCCAUGACUUGCGAUGAGAGGAAAGGUACAGAGGACAGUGAAUUUGAAAAGGACUGUUGCGCUUCAGAGGGCGUUGUCUAAUGCUUUGUGCAAUGCUUGGGAAACCACCAGUUGGCUUUGGAGAAGGGAGAAGAGGGUGAGUGCAGGCCGCUUGCUAAAGUCCCGUAAGAGUUCCGGGGUUAAGGCCAAAGUCCCCUGGAAGGAGUGAUCCCCACUGAACACUGUCGGACUUGCUUCUGAGUAAACAAAUGCAAACGUGGGCCGAAGGGUUCAGCCAUGAUUUCCUGGUUUCCAUGUUAAAAAGGAAAUCCCCCUUUUAAAUGUAAACUUUAUGGAGCCUGUCCCUGAGAUGGCUGAAACAAAUUAGCAGAGAUGCGGAUGGAUGUCGGAGAAGCAAGUGGUUCUCUUGAACGGGCAGAUUCUAACCAGGGCUGGGUCUUUCUUGCUUCAUUUAUGGCUUCUUAAUCAGGCAGACAAGUCACAACGCAGUUGUAAAAGGCUUAAAUUGUAGGUUAAAUCAAAGGAACUUGGCACAAAUCUAUACCCUCCUUGUCUAAGUUUAGUAACAGAAAAAAACGGAGUUGUGAAUAAAUAUGGUAAUUCCAUCUGUUGAGGCAUCAUUAAGUUAUGCUUGGUGAGACUGAAGUGUAGGAGAUGUGUUCAUUAUCGCAGCCAUGUGCAAGACUGCCAACUCCAACAAGCGGCGUGAUGUGCUGCUUUCUCAUUGAAAAAAACAACAACCCUUGACAGCAGCACAACAGCAAAUCAGUACAGAUUUAUUUGCGUUCCAUGUAGGCUGCAUACUGGGAAGGCUGUGUGCUUCCGUGUAUUCCCUUCAUCUCCACACCUUUUUCUUCCAUCUGGUUUCUGGCAGGAAACACAAUCUCACCACUGUUUCUUCUGAGGAGUCGGUCAUCUGUGUGAACGUCAUCGGAAUGUAAGAGGUGCUAUGCUGGAUCAGAGCAGGGCCCUUCCGGUCCAGUUCUCUGUGCACACAGUGGCAGCCUAACCGUCUGCAGGAUUCCUCAAGCGGGAUGGGGACAAGGCUUCUGCCUGCCCACGCUCCUCAGCCACUGCCUCUGAUAACGCAGAACUUUACCCUGCCUUUAGUGCCUUUCCUGAAGUGCCGCUCAUGAGAUACACCACAGAUGCAUUUCGGGAUGGCAGGUAGCUGACGGGCAGCUGAGGAUGACAUUGACUGACAGACUGCGUGAGAAGAUAUCACGGGCAUUCUACAACCACGGGCUACUGUGUGCGUCCUACCCCAUUCCCAUCAUCCUCUUCACCGGCGUCUGUGUUCUGGCCUGUUGCUAUCCGUUGCUGAAGCUCCCGCUGCCCGGCACUGGCCCCGUGGAAUACGCCACCCCCGCAAAGGACCACCCUCAGCCUCCCGCCCCCCAGCAAGGAGAGCCCAGUGAGAGGCCUGACUGGUACACUGGUGCCCCCGUGGCCUACAUCCAGCAAGUCCUGGUGAAAGCCACCGUCUCUCCGUGGCCCAAGACAUUCCUGGCUGUCGACGUGUUUCGGUCCCCCCUCUCCCGCGUCUUCCAGCUAGUGGAGGAAAUCAGAAACCACGCCUUGCGAGACGGUUCCAGUGUCAAGAGCUUGGAAGAAACUUGCCUUCAGGUGACAGACCUGCUGCCCAACUUAAAGAAGCUUCGGGGCCUGCUUCCCGAGCAUGGCUGCCUGCUCCUGUCACCAGGGAACUUUUGGCAGAACGACCCGGAGCGCUUCAGUGCCGAUCCCGACAUCAUUAAAACCAUCCACCAGCACGAGCCAAAGACUUUGCAGACAUCGGCUACCCCCAAAGAUCUGCUGUUUGGAGUCCCAGGGAAGUACAGCGGGGUAAACCUGUACAACCGGAAGCGAGUGGUGACCUACAGCAUCACCUUAGCUCUCCAGCGCUAUGACUCCAGGUUCCUUCUCAGCCUGCGCUCCCGCCUCAGGCAGCUGUACCCCAGCCCCAACUGCACCCUGCGUGAGGAGCUCAUCACCCACGUCCACUUCAAGGAGGAGAUCGGCGUGGCCGAGCUCAUCCCGCUCGUUACCACCUACAUCAUCCUCUUUGCUUACAUCUACUUCUCCACACGAAAGAUCGACAUGGUGAAAUCGAAAUGGGGCCUGGCUCUGGCCGCAGUCAUGACCGUCCUCAGCUCUCUGCUCAUGUCGGUCGGCCUGUGCACGCUCUUCGGCCUAACGCCCACGCUGAAUGGAGGAGAGAUCUUCCCUUACCUCGUGGUCGUGAUCGGCCUGGAGAACGUGCUGGUCCUCACCAAAUCCGUUGUGUCCACGCCAGUGGACUUGGAGGUGAAGCUGAGGAUCGCACAAGGCCUGAGCAAUGAAAGUUCCUCCAUCAUGAAGAACAUGGUAGCUGAGCUGAUCAUUAUCCUGUUCGGGUACUUCACCUUCGUUCCAGCCAUCCAGGAGUUCUGCUUUUUCGCCGUGGUCGGACUGGUGUCUGACUUCUUCCUCCAGAUGCUCUUCUUCACCACCGUCCUGUCCAUCGACAUUCGACGCAUGGAGCUCGCUGACCUGAACAAGCGGCUGCCGGCCGAGGCCUGCGUGGCCCCCGCCCAGCCGGGGGGCCGCUCCCAGCGGUACGAGCGCCAGCCGGCCAUGCGGCCCACCACCCCGCACACCAUCACCCUGCAGCCCUCGUCCUUCCGGAACCUGCGCCUUCCCAAGCGGCUGCGCGUGAUCUACUUCUUCGCGCGGACCCGGCUGGCCCAGAGGAUCAUCAUGGCUGGGACGUUGGUCUGGAUCGUCCUCUUGGUUUACACAGACCCCGCAGGCCUCCGCCCCUACCUGGUCUCGCAGGUCACGGAGCAAAGCCCUCUGGGCGAGGCGGGGCUGCCCGCCAUGCCGGUGCCCGGGGAGGUCCUUCCCACGGGCGACGCCAAGCUGUCGCUCUCCGUCUUCCCGUCGGACCCCGAGGAGCAGCUGUCGGAGAACCACACGCUGGAUGCUGCGGGCAGGCAGGACGCGAGCCACCGGGCAGAGGCCGCGGAGCCAGAGGGCAGGGGGGGCAGCGGGCAGGCGGAGCUGGGCCCCACGGCGGAGGUGACCUGGGGAGCAGAGGACGAGGAGAUCUGGAGGAAGCUCUCCUUCCGCCACUGGCCGUCCCUCUUCAGCUACUACAACAUCACGCUGGCCAAGAGGUACAUCAGCAUCCUUCCGGUGAUCCCGGUCACGCUGUACCUGAACCCGCAAGAGGCCCUGGAGGCGCGCCACCCGCACGAGGCGAAUCGCUACCACACGUUCUUCUCCCGCAGCAGCGGGAAGGCGGAGCAGGCGGAGCAGGCGGCCGACGGCAGGCCCCCAGGGCACGCGCACCGCGACGUCACGCUCUACAAGGUUGCCGCUUUGGGCUUGGCCUCCGGGAUCCUUUUGGUCCUGCUGCUCUUCUGCCUCUACCGAGUCUUGUGCCCCAGAAACUAUGGGCAGAACGGGCCGUCCCACGGCAGGAGGCGGAGGGGGGACCUGCCCUGCGAUGACUAUGGCUACUCCCCGCCGGAGACGGAGAUCAUCCCGCUGGUCCUCCGGGGCCACCUGAUGGACAUCGAGUGCCUGGCCAGCGACGGGAUGCUGCUCGUCAGCUGCUGCCUGGUGGGCCAGAUCCGGGUGUGGGACGCGCAGACGGGCGACUGCCUCACGGUCAUUCCCAAGCAGGGGUUGGGCCGGGACGGCAGUGGCAUCUUCAAUGGCCCGGACUGCUGGGAGCACAGCCCGGACGGCAAAAGCGGGCCGGAGGACCACCUGGACGGCAGCCGGCUGCUCAAGGGGGCUCGCAGUGCCCAGCAGGCCCCGCUCUUCUGCGACCAGCCGGAUCUCAGCUCCCUCAUCGACACCAACUUCUCCGAGCAGGCGAAGACGGGGGCCUCCGAGCCCCGGCACCGCACCGUCGGGGGCCGGCAGAAGGAGUCGGGCUACGACUUCUGCAGCCUGGUGGAGAAGGUCUAUGAGGAGCAGGGCGGCGUGGGGAACUGCGUGCCCCUCUCGGGCUUCUCCGCCCCCCGCAGGCAGGCCGCCUUCGGCCCCCGGGCGUGUGGGGCCAGGUCCCCCGGCUGCCCGGGCGGGGAGAGAGACUGCGAGGCCCGCAGGAGCAGCCUCGGGGAGGAGCCCUGCGUGGGCCUGGAGAGGCCGCCCCCGCCCUCCUGGGGCCCGGACUUGGAGAGCUCCAUCUGGAGCCUGGAGCUGCAGGGCAACCUCAUCGCGGCCGGCCGGAGCAACGGGCGGCUGGAGGUGUGGGACGCCAUCGAGGGGGCUCUGCGCUGCAGCAGCGAAGACGGCCAGUCGGGCAUCACCUCCCUGGUCUUCCUGAACAGCAGGAUCGUGGCCGCCAGGCUCAACGGCACCCUGGAUUUCUAUUCCCUGGGGACGUGCGCCGCCGCCGACCACUCCCAGUUCCGAGGGACGCCGGGCCCGAGCAGCCUCCCCUCUUCUCCCGUGUGGAGCACGAGCGACGCCCUCGCCUGCCGGCUGACCCACACGGUGACGUGCGCCCACCAGAAGCCCAUCACGGCCCUGAAGGCUGCAGCGGGGCGGCUGGUCACGGGCAGCCAGGAUCGCACCCUCCGCGUGUACCGGCUGGAAGACUCCUGCUGCCUCUUCACGCUGCAGGGCCACUCGGGGGCCAUCACAGCCGUCUACAUGGACCAAACCCUGGUGCUCGCCAGCGGGGGCCAGGACGGCGCCAUCUGCCUCUGGGACGUGCUCACGGGGAGCAGGGUGAGCCACCUGUAUGCCCACCGGGGGGACGUCACGUCCCUCACCUGCACCUCCUCCUGCGUGAUCAGCAGCGGCCUGGACGACGUCAUCAGCAUCUGGGACCGCAGCUCCGGCGUCAAGCAUUACUCCAUCCAGCAGGACAUGGGGUGCGGAGCCAGCCUGGGGGUGAUCUCCGACAGCCUGCUGGUGACGGGGGGCCAGGGCUGCGUCUCCUUCUGGGACAUCGGCUACGGCGACCUGCUGCAGACCGUCUACCUGGGCAAGAACAACGAGGCGCAGCCCGCCCGGCAGAUCCUGGUGCUGGAGAACGCCGCCAUCGUCUGCAACUUCGGCAGCGAGCUCAGCCUGGUGUACGUGCCGUCGGUGCUGGAGAAGCGGGACUGAGGGGCGCGGGGGGAGCCCGCCGAGCAGGCCGAGGCCCCUCGGAGGAGCCGCGCGGGGGGCCGCCUGGGGCCUCCC